CGAGCGGACACUCACCAUCGCGGCCGCCAUCUCACCGUCAAGCGUGCGAGUCCGGUGGUCGCGCUUAUCGCUAGAUCUUGGACUAUGGUUCAGGAUGAAGAAGGAGAAACGGAACGUUUAGAUUUGUGCUUGCAUAAUUCGAAAUACGAAGAGGAUAUUUUGGAAUCAGCGUCAUCUUUCGUGGUAAAAGAGCCAUACUUCACCCUCACAGACCAGGGCGAAGCUACUAUUCGCGUGGAUCAUCCUUCGGAUCUGAUCGUUUAUAGAAACAAGACGACGAACGGUGAUUUUAGCUCCGUUAAAGAAUUGAAAGGCCAAGCAAAGGAUGCGGCGACAGCAGAGAGGAUUGCGAAGGCUUUUAAAGAUGAGGGGAAUACAGCUCUCAGACGACAGAACUUACCUCUAGCUCACGCGAUGUAUACCGACGGCAUCGGCGUUGCUAGACAAGAUGCCUUAUCUGCAACGAAUCCUGAUCUGGCUCGAGACCUCCACCGCAACCGAGCUCACGUCAACCUUCUCCUGAGUCGACUAGACGAGGCAAAGCUCGACGCCAAAGCUGCUCUUAUCGAAAAGGAAGACCAGGCAUCGAAGGAUCUUGAUAGCAAGGCUUAUUUUCGCGCAGGUUGCGCCGCUUACGACCUCGGCGAAUACCAAGAGGCGACGGUUUUAUUCGAAAACCAGCGAAAGCUUAAGCCCGCUAAUAAAAGCGCAACCGUUUACUUGAAAAAGAUAGAAGAACGUCUCCGCGAGCAAGAGACGGGAAGAUAUAACUUUAAACAGAUAAAGGCCGCACUAUCGAGGUCUCGUCCGCGCGUCGAUGCUGCGGAUUUUAUCGUCAACACGAAAAUAGGAGAGAGCCCGGGAAAAGGUCGCGGCUUGUUCGCAACUAAAGACAUAGCCACCGGUGAGCUAGUCAUGUGUGAGAAGGCGUUCUGCGUAGUCUGGGGUCACGACAAGGAGGCCUUGACGGCGGUGACAUACGAUUCGCGGGACGACAGAAUCAGAAUAUCGCCUGUCGGUUUAAGAAAAUCCAUCGUACAGAAGCUUCUCAGCAACGAUUCCCAGAUAGAAAAGGUCAUGGAUUUGUACGGAGAUUACCAGGGAGAUGGCAGUGAGUCGUUUAGGACCGAAGACGGCCCCAUCGUCGAUACUUUUCGAGUACACGACAUCGUAUCCCGAAACGCCUUCAGUCCAGGCAGCCAAUUCGGAGAAGAAGACGCAAGCAAUGCAAGUACCGGUCUCUGGGUGCGGGCCGCGUACAUCAAUCAUUCCUGCGUCGCUAACAUAGAGAAAGAAUACGUCGGUGACAUGAUGAUCCUCCGCGCUUCUCGGCCCAUCAAAUCCGGCGAAGAAAUCUUCCAUCGCUACGACGAGUCGAGCGACUACGAAGCAAGGCAAAGAGCCCUUGAGACUACCUGGGGGUUUGGGUGUAGCUGUGCGCUCUGCGUCGUAGAGAAAGCCGACGAUCCCGCCUUGCGAAAGAGAAGACAGGAAUUGGUAAAUGAGGCGGACCAACUAAUAGCAAAGGAGCACUGGGCGAAUGCGAGAAGUCUCAUGGUGACUAGGGCGAAGAGAAUUAUGCGAUCUAUCGACGAGACGUACCAGGAAAAGAAAUAUAAGGGGUUGCCUCACCUGGCAACACGAAGGAUUCAAGAAUGGAUCAGUUUGGCGAGCCCACGACGGUAGUGCCCUUGGACCUUGAUAAUGGUGCUAUUUUACCUAGGUAUAAGCGAUGUUAUGACGAGACACUUGGCCUAUCGAAAGGCCAUUCUUCACCAAUUCCUAAUCAAAUCCAUGAC